CUCACCGCAGCAGUCGCCCCUGGGGCGCGAGUGGCGGCCGAAGGCAGGUGGUAGGGCGUGCGGGCCGGCGGGCACGCGCGCGUGCUGGCAGCCGAGGUCCCUCGGGAAGCGGGGGAGCGCCGACACCGCCCCGCACGCUCCGCCUGGCGGCCGGCGGCGCGCGCGAGGGCGGGGGAGGUGCGUGCGUGUGUGCGCGUGAAUGUGUGUGUGAGUGUGUGUGUGUGUGUAGCUUGGGUGCGGAGCGCGAGCCGCCAGUGCCCGGGUACGAGUUCCCCCGCGGUCUUCCACACCCUCCGUCGGUCCCCGCUCCUUCCGCCACGACUCGCCAGUGUCCCCACGGUAGCAAAACGAACAGGAGCAUUGGGAAGCAGGUGUGGGGGGUGGGAGCGGUAGCAGCAGACAAAAGGGGCGCGGGGGUCAGCCCACCAUGGCCUCCAGGAGCCUGGGGGGCCUGAGCGGGAGCCGCGGCGGCGGCGGCGGCGGCGGCGGCGGCAAGAAGAGCCUCAGCGCCCGCAAUGCUGCGGUGGAGAGGAGGAACCUCAUCACGGUGUGCAGAUCGUGGUGGAGAGAAACUAGGUUUUCUGUGAAGACCCUGAUUGAUCGGUCCUGCUUUGAGACAAUUGAUGAUUCUUCUCCAGAAUUUAACAAUUUUGCAGCUAUUUUGGAACAGAUUCUAAGUCACCGGCUAAAAGAGAUAUCCCAAAGUUGCAGAUGGCUGGCUCAUCUCCAAAUACCUCCUCAAGGUCAAGUAACCUGGUUUGGUUAUGAAAGUCCUCGUAGCUUCUGGGACUAUAUCAGAGUGGCUUGCCGAAAAGUUUCACAGAAUUGUAUCUGCAGCAUUGAAAAUAUGGAAAAUGUCAGUUCUUCUAGAGCUAAGGGUAGAGCCUGGAUCAGAGUAGCACUCAUGGAAAAACAUUUAUCUGAAUACAUCUCUACAGCUCUGAGAGACUUCAAAACAACCAGGCGAUUUUAUGAAGAUGGAGCAAUUGUCUUAGGUGAGGAAGCAAAUAUGCUUGCUGGCAUGCUGCUUGGACUAAAUGCUAUUGAUUUCAGCUUCUGCCUCAAGGGAGAAGGAUUGGAUGGAAACUUUCCUGCCGUAAUAGAUUACACACCAUAUUUGAAAUUUACCCAAAGUUCUGACAGCAUCAGCAGUGACGAGGAAGAGCUGAGGACUUUGGGAAGCAGUGGUAGUGAAAGCAGCACUCCAGAGAAUGUCGGGCCUCCUUUCAUCAUGGAUGAGAAUAGUUGGUUCAACAAGUGUAAGAGAGUUAAACAAAAGUAUCAGCUAACCCUGGAACAGAAGGGUUAUCUUGAAGAACUCUUACGACUUCGAGAGAACCAGCUGUCUGAGUCUGUAUCCCAGAAUAAAAUACUACUUCAAAGGAUUGAAGAUUCUGAUCUGGCUCAUAAAUUGGAAAAGGAACAAUUAGAAUAUAUAAUUGUGGAGCUUCAAGAUCAGCUGACUGUGCUAAAGAAUAAUGAUUUAAGAUCAAGACAAGAGUUAACUGCCCACCUCACCAACCAGUGGCCUUCCCCAGGAGCUCUGGAUGUCAAUGCUGUUGCCUUGGAUACGUUGCUUUACCGAAAACACAAUAAACAGUGGUAUGAAAAAAGUUAUCAAAGUCUUGACCAGUUAUCAGCUGAAGUCAGCCUUUCUCAGACUUCACUGGAUCCAGGUCAGUCACAAGAAGGAGAUGGGAAACAAGACACAUUAAAUUUAAUCAGUGAAGAGGGCCAGAAAAGCCCUGGACAGAAUUCAACACCUGUGUGACACAAACACUGAAGACAAAAGAACUGAAUAAUACUUCCUUUCCGUAAAGAAGAUACCCCCUCAUUACUCGGUCUCUGUGGAUCUCUAACAUCAGUGGCAAGUUACAAAUCUCUAACAAGCCUCAAAUCUAAUGACUACCUUGCAAGUCCCACAACAGAGAUGACGAGUCCAGGCCUAACUCCAUCCUGAAAAAUUUUAUGUCAGAGCCAGAAGUUUUUAUGUUGCAAAUGUUCUAUUUACAUAAGUUUGACUGCUGGGAAAACCUUUGGAAUUUUAUAUUGUUCUGGCACAUGUCUGGAAUCCUAUUGCUUCUAUUAGAGAAUUCAGUCCACUCCAUGUGCCCUUCUGAGAGAAAAUGAUCCUGCCAUUUUAAGAUUCUUAUAUUUGUCACUGAGGAAGUUUAAAAAUGAAUAAGCUUAAAAAACUUUUAAAUAUCCUCUAAAUUAAUAAUCCAUUGCAAAUUGUGACGUAAAUUUAUUAUUCAGCUGAUUUUCAUGUAUUUAAAUGUACCUUAAUUGCCGGAGACUGAGUUCAAGGUUUUAUUCCAGAGACAAAGCUAAGUAUUUUCUUUUACUUUUAUUCAGUGGUUAUAUUUUCUAAAAAAUGACUUAAUUUCAUUUUUCAUUCAUUUCUUCCUAGGUUCUGAUGUUUAAAUGCCUUGUUUUUUGUAUGAGGAGGAGGUUCUCAGCUGGUUUCAUAGUGGCUUACUCACUUUUUCUUUAAUAGUUAUCAUUUGGUACAACAUUCCAUUAACAUUUUAUAAAAUUUGUAGGAAUGUAUCUUUAGGCCAUUACUAAAUUUGUCAGGGUCAUAGGGAAAGUGUUUUACACCAUUUUGGUAAAAUGAAUAAACUGUUUUCCCAAGAUUUUCCUAAAAGGUUAUUUAAAAAUAUCAAAUAUUCCUCAGUAGUUGGAAACAUUUAAAAAUGUAGAACAGAUGUUGAAAAGUAUUAGGAAAGACUUCGAGUCCCUGUAAGGAUUUGAGAACCUUCAAGUAAGGAUUACUAGAGUCUUAUCAUACUCCUCAAUAUGUCUGACAUACAGUGCUGUUUUGUUCUCCCUUGUGCGCAACAAUGAAUCACGCCAUGUUAAUGUUAAAAACCGAUGUUAAUGUUCGAAAUCCCUACACUUCUACAGGAAAAAAAAAUUAGUUUCCUUUUUAAAAAAAUUAUGUGCUAUAAAAUCUUUUUGCAGUUUUGGAAAUUUAUAGAUUUCAUCCAUCAAAAUCCCACCAUAUUGAAAGAGAAAAUGCCUGAAGUAUAUUUUCUAUCAUAAGUACUAUGAGGAAAACAUGACCAGUUGUGCCAAAGAAGUUUUAUACAUUGUUUACAUGAAGAGGACACAAUACUAAAUGGGGACUUCAUAUGCUAUUUUUGUUUGUUAAUAAAACAUUACAUUUAAACUCAGUAGCUUGACAUGUAGGAACAGUACAACAAUUUAUCAGAGGAGGCAAGAGUGCUGAACAUACUACAUCAUUCUUUGUAUUAGAAAUGCAGGAGUGUGGUGGUUCUCUGCAAGAUUUAGGAGCUUUAUUCUCAUAAUUUGGAAUUUAAGAUAAUAAAUAAUAAGAAUGCCAGUCUUAUAGGGAAGUUCAAAUGAAGUCAUUUCAGGGACAAAGGAGGCCUGGAAGCCAUUAAAAUAAGUUAUCCUAGAAGUACCAGAACAUACUCAAGAGUUUUUACUCCUUUAGGUUAAGGCUUUAGUACUUGUAAAAAUGCAAAUAUUCUUGAAAAAUGGUACCUUUAACAAUUUAGUGGUACCUCCUCUUAAUUCUAUACACCUUAUUAUGAGUGAGGUACCCGAAGCAAUUAUUGAGCAUGGGAAUGGAAGGAAGAUAAAAAAUGAGGACAGUGAAAACCCUGGGAGCAGGAAGAAGGAAAAUGGCUAAGGAGAGGAACUUGAAAAUUCUUAGGUUGGCCUUAAGCUCUAUUGCUGCCUUCCUAAAAAACGAUCAGAAUGUUCCAAAUGCUUUAUCCACGGUCCACUCUCAACUGAUAUUUAUUGUUCCUCAGUAAUUUAAAAAAAUCAUUGUUAAAUUUUUUCCAUACAUUUUUAUAAUAGAGGAAGGAAAUUCAAGAUUCCAUAAUUGAUCACAUUUUCCAGAUUUGUCUAAUGCAUACAGUAACUUGUGCAUCUUAACAUGCUGCUAUAUGCAGAUUUAAACAUGACAUCUGAGGAUCAUGACUUUUCCUCCUUUCUUGGAGCUCCUGGUAUAAAAUUCAUCUGCUAAUGUGAAUUCAGGUUUCUAUACAGUUCAUUUCACACUAGUUAUACAUGUAGUUAAUGUUUGCAUGAGGAAACAAUGUAUGUCUCAAUCUUUAAUUUUAGGUGGUGGUGUUUACUGUUUACACACCCUACCCAAAACAGAAUGCUGAAUUAUAUGCUAAUAAUUCCAUGUGUAUUUUGUUGCCUUGAUGUACUAUACUUGUUGCAUGUAUAUUAAAAGUUUUGUACCAUG